GUACUUGUACGUUCGCUUGAAAAUCAAUUCUCAUAUUUAAACACCGCGCCAAUAUCAUCCUCAAACACUCCUAAACUUACAUCCACGCCGAGCGGUGUCUCACUCAAACAUAAGACUAUUUUAGUCUCAGUUUGUUUUAGCCGUUUGUUUAUCAAAUUAUUAAAUAAAAUGACGAAUAUCGUGAUUCUUCUCCUACUGGUCGCAGCAGCUUGCCAAGGAUUCCCAACUGACUCCGAUUCAAAUCUGGCUAAUUUGGCAGCUCGAGGGGAUUGGGACGCUGUACAUAGACUUAUCAGCGAAAGAUUUGGCAGACAAGACAUAUGGGCGCCUUCAUCGGCAUCAGCUGCCGUGGGUAGUGUGAAGAGCCUAAAGCCAGUACAAGGAGGAGAAGUCUAUGGUGAAGCAGAAUAUACCUUCCACUCGUCAUCCAACGUCAACGGGAAGACCAUGGAGACCAGUGGAGGACACAAGAUCAUCAACAACAACGGCAGAAUCGAGGAGUUUGACUUCCAACCGAAAUUUUAGCGAGUUUCAUGGAUUAAGGAUCUUUGAGUUUUCAAUACGCUAAAUUUAUGUUUUGAUUAGAAAUAUAAAUAUUACUUUGAAACUUCGCUGAGAAUACUAUCAAACUAAUUUAUAUGAACAUUGCGAAUUUUAUACAAAAAAUUUGUUACAAAUUCGUUGUUUAACAGUAUUAUAUUUAUUUUUAUUCAUGAAAUAAACUCAAAUAUAUUUCUCAAUAUUAUUAUGUUGUAUUUUACAUAUUUCCCUAUGCUGAUGCAUAUUGAAAACUCGAAUAUCCUGAAACUAUUUUGAAUUUUACAUAUCAUUGUUAGAUGUUACUUGGUUUUCGUUAUGCCUCCUCCACACUGUCAUCGAACAGUUUGCCAAACUGCUGGUUUUUCAUUGCGGUAAAUAAAAGCACUCAUACUAACUACGCAAUGUUCACGCAUUCGCGUCAGCAUGUGUCUAUUGUUCGGCGACAGUGUGGAGCUGGCAUUAAAAUAAUUACAACAAAUCACGUAA